AUGGCUUCCGCGGAAGCCGAUUCCCGCGUCGCCCUCCUCCUCGUCCCCGCCCUCGAGAAGAUCGUCAAGAAUGCGUCCUGGCGCAAGGGCCACUCCAAGCUCGCCCACCAGUGCAAGUCCCUCAUCGACCGCCUCUCCCACCCGCCUUCCUCCCCGCCACCGUCCUCCCCCAACUCCUCCUCCUCCCUCCCCGGGCCCCUCCGCGACGGCGGCGCUGCCGUCUACUCCCUCGCCGAUUCCGAGACCUACCUCGCGCCCCUCGUAGCCGCCUGCACCUCUGGCUCCCCCCGCGUCGCCGAGCCCGCUAUCGAUUGCGUCCAGAAACUGAUCGCUCAUUCCUACCUCUACGGCGAGGCCGACCCCUCCGGCGGCCCCGACGCCCGCCUCCUCGCGGAGCUGGUCGAGGCCGUUUGUGGAUGUUACGCCCUCGGGGGAGCCGAGGACGCCCUCGAACUGCUCGUCCUCAAGACCCUCCUCUCCGCCGUCACCUCGACCGCCCUCCGCAUCCACGGCGACUCGCUCCUCCAGAUCGUCCGCACCUGCUACGACCUCUAUCUCGGCAGCAAGAACCCUGUCAACCAGGCCACCGCCAAGGCCUCCCUCAUCCAGAUGCUCGUUAUCGUAUUCCGCCGCAUGGAGGCCGACUCCUCCACCGUCCCCGUCCAGCCCAUCGUCGUCGCCGAGCUUAUGGAGCCCGCCGACCGAUCCGCUGCCGUCGCGGCUGCCGACGUCAACUUCGUCCAGGGUUUCAUCACAAAGAUCAUUAGCGACAUCGACGGGGUGCUUAACCCUUCGACCCCUCUCGCCAGGACUGCGUCCGCUAGCAAGCACGACGGCGCGUUUGUGUCCACCGCGGUGGAGAACACCAAUCCUGCGGACCUGCUGGAUUCGACGGACAAGGAUAUGCUGGACGCUAAGUACUGGGAGAUCAGCAUGUACAAGACGGCACUAGAGGGUAGGAAGGAUGAGUUGGGUCCGGAGGUCCGGGUGGACAGGGAUGACGACACCGAGGUUCAGAUCGGUAAUAAGCUGAAGCGGGACGCCUUUCUGGUUUUCCGGGCUCUCUGUAAACUCUCCAUGAAGACUCCUCCCAAGGAGGCAGUGGUUGAUCCUGCUCAUAUGAAGGGAAAGAUUGUGGCCUUGGAGUUGCUCAAGAUCUUGCUAGAAAAUGCUGGAGCCGUGUUCCGGACUAGUGAGAGGUUUCUAGGCGCUAUUAAGCAGUAUCUAUGUCUAUCUCUUUUGAAGAACAGUGCUUCAGCCCAUUUGAUUGUUUUUCAGCUGUCCUGUUCUAUUUUUAUGAGCUUAAUAUCAAGAUUUAGACCAGGAUUAAAGGCAGAGAUUGGAGUGUUUUUCCCAAUGAUUGUACUUAGAGUUUUGGAAAAUGUUGCUCAACCAAAUUUCCAGCAGAAGAUGAUUGUGCUUUGUUUCUUCGAGAAGCUGUGUGUAGAUUCUCAAAUCCUGGUGGACAUAUUCAUUAAUUAUGAUUGCGACGUCCACUCUUCAAAUAUUUUUGAAAGGAUAGUAAAUGGUCUGUUAAAAACUGCUCAAGGACCUCCCCCAGGGGCUCCUACAACACUGAUACCACCACAAGAUACUACAAUGAAAUUCGAAGCUAUGAAGUGUUUAGUGGCAAUUUUGAGGUCAAUGGGAGAUUGGAUGAACAAACAGUUGAGAAUUCCUGAUCCUCAGUCUCAAAAAACAGAAACAAUUGAUGGCAGUGGUGACAGUAAUGAACUUACUUUGGCAAAUGGCAAUGGUGAUGAGACGGCUGAAGUAAGUGAUUCUAAUUCUGAUACCCCAAAUGGAACAUCAGAAGUUGCAUCUAUCGAGCAGCGUAGGGCAUACAAGCUAGAACUUCAGGAAGGGAUUUCGCUUUUUAAUCAGAAACCUAAGAAAGGGAUUGAAUUUCUUAUAAAUGCAAAGAAGGUGGGUGAUGUGCCUGCUGACAUAGCUGCUUUUCUUAGAAGUGCAUCAGGCUUGAACAAGACUCUGAUCGGUGAUUAUUUAGGAGAGAGAGAAGAUUUAUCCCUGAAAGUCAUGCAUGCAUAUGUGGAUUCAUUUGAUUUUCAAGGAAUGGAGUUUGAUGAAGCAAUUAGGUGCUUCCUAAAAGGUUUUAGAUUGCCUGGUGAAGCACAAAAGAUUGAUCGCAUCAUGGAAAAAUUUGCUGAGCGCUAUUGUAAGUGCAAUCCUAAAGCUUUUACAAGUGCAGAUACAGCUUAUGUUCUUGCUUACUCUGUAAUAUUGCUCAAUACGGAUGCUCAUAAUCCAAUGGUGAAAAACAAGAUGUCACCGGAUGACUUCAUAAGAAACAAUCGAGGUAUAGAUGAUGGAAAGGAUCUGCCUGAAGAAUUCUUGAGAUCCCUAUUUGACAGAAUUUCCAAGAAUGAAAUCAAGAUGAAAGAGGAUAAUUUGGCCCUUCAACAGAUACAAUCUUCAAAUUCGAACAGAAUUCUAGGCUUAGAUAGCAUUUUGAACAUUGUGAUACGCAAGCGAGAUUCACCAACAGAGACUAGCGAUGAUAUGAUCAGGCAUAUGCAAGAGCAGUUUAAAGAAAAAGCUCACAAAUCUGAGUCAAUAUAUUACUCUGCAACAGAUGUGGUAAUUUUGAGGUUUAUGAUUGAGGUGUGCUGGGCUCCGAUGUUAGCUGCCUUUAGUGUUCCUGUUGACCAGAGUGAUGAUGAAACUGUGAUAUCAUUAUGCCUUGAAGGAUUUCGUAGUGCAGUUCAUGUUACAGCAGUGAUGUCUAUGAAGACACAAAGAGAUGCAUUUGUUACGUCACUUGCAAAGUUUACGUCCCUUCAUUCAGCAGCCGAUAUCAAGCAGAAAAAUAUAGAUGCUAUUAAGGCAAUUUUACACAUUGCGGAUGAAGAUGGUAACUACCUUCAAGAAGCUUGGGAACACAUUUUGACAUGUGUUUCUCGAUUUGAACACUUGCAUCUUCUGGGAGAGGGAGCUCCCCCUGAUGCUACUUUUUUCACAAUACAACAGACUGAAGUUGAUAAAGCUAAACAAGCCAAGUCAUCAAUUCUUCCUGUAUUGAAGAAAAAAGGACCUUCAUCUAUAGUUGCCAGAAGAGGUACCUAUGACAGUGCUGGGGUUGGUGGCCAUGCAUCCGGAGCUGUUACAUCUGAGCAAAUGAAUAACUUAAUUUCGAACUUGAAUUUGUUGGAACAAGUUGGGAUUGCUGAAGUGAAUAGAGUAUUUAUACGAAGUGAAAAGCUAAAUAGUGAGGCAAUAAUAGAUUUUGUUAAAGCCCUCUGUAAGGUUUCAAUGGAGGAACUGCGCUCUACAUCUGAUCCACGGGUUUUCAGUCUGACAAAAAUAGUUGAGAUCACGCAUUACAAUAUGGAUCGUAUCAGGCUUGUGUGGUCAAGCAUUUGGAAUGUGUUGUCUGAAUUUUUUGUUACCAUUGGCUGCUCUGAGAACCUUUCAAUUGCAAUCUUUGCAAUGGAUUCCUUGCGCCAGCUAUCUAUGAAAUUCUUGGAGCGAAAAGAACUGGCCAACUAUAACUUCCAAAAUGAAUUCAUGAAACCAUUUGUCAUUGUUAUGAGGAAAAGCAGAGCUGUUGAAAUCAGAGAGCUGAUCAUCAGAUGUGUCUCUCAAAUGGUGUUGGCUCGUGUUAGUAAUGUCAAGUCUGGGUGGAAAAGCAUGUUCAUGGUUUUUGCUACAGCAUCAUAUGAUGAUCACAAAAAUAUAGUACUUCUGGCCUUUGAGGUCAUUGAGAAGAUUUUAAGGGAUUACUUUCCCUACAUAACUGAGACUGAAACUACCACCUUCACGGAUUGUGUUAAUUGCCUAGUUGCAUUUAGUAAUAGUAGGUUUAACAAAGACAUUAGUCUCAAUGCAAUUGCUUUUCUUCGGUUCUGUGCGGCUAAGCUUGCCGAAGGAGACAUUGGUGCCUCUGCAAGAUUGAAGGACAAGGAGGCUUCUGGGAGUAUUGGUCCGCCUUCACCUCACAUUAUAAAGGAUGAAAAACAAGAUCCUCCAUCGAUCAUCAAUAAGGAUGAUCACCUACACUUAUGGUUCCCACUCUUAGCAGGUUUAUCAGAACUUACCUUUGACCUAAGACCUGACAUCAGACAAAGUGCCUUGCAGGUGCUAUUUGAUACACUACGAAACUAUGGUAAUCAUUUUUCAUUGCCCUUGUGGGAGAAAGUGUUUGACUCAGUCCUGUUCCCUAUAUUUGACUCUGUAAGGCAUGCCGUUGAUCCCUCUGGGGCAACUUUGCAAGGACAGGGGUUAGAAAAUGAUACAGCAGAGCUAGAUCAAGAAGCUUGGCUUUAUGAGACAUGCAAGCUGGCCCUUCAGCUAGUUGUGGAUCUGUUUGUGAAAUUUUAUGACACAGUAAAUCCACUUUUGGAAAAGGUCUUGACUUUGCUAACAAGUUUUAUUAAGCGUCCCCAUCAAAGUCUUGCUGGCAUUGGCAUUACAGCAUUUGUUCGGUUAAUGAGCAACGCAGGGUCUCUAUUUGUUGAGACCAAGUGGGAAGUUGUGGUUCUGUCUUUGAAAGAAGCUGCUAAAGCUACUCUCCCUGAUUUUUCAUAUAUUUCAUCUGGAGCUUAUCUUGAUAGCGCCACAUCAGAAAAUGGGAAUUCUUCUCUGAGACAAGAUAAUGGUGAAUCCAGAGGAUCUGCAGAUGAUGAUUUUGAAGGCCUUAGAGCAAGAAAUCUGUAUUUUGCAAUUGGUGAUGCCAAGUGUCGUGCUGCUGUUCAACUUCUCUUAAUUCAGGCUGUGAUGGAGAUACAUAAUAUGUACAAAGCACAAAUAUCAGCAAAAAACACACUUAUAUUUUUUGAAGCAUUGCACGUCGUGGCAUGCCAUGCACACAAGGUAAACAGUGACACUGACCUAAGAUCUAAGCUACAGGAGCUUGGUUCCAUGACCCAGAUGCAGGAUCCUCCAUUGCUACGCCUUGAGAACGAGUCCUACCAUUCAUGCCUCGUUCUGCUUCAAAACAUUGUCACAGACCGGCACCGUAAUAGCAACUUAGAAGCGGAAGCAAGCCUGGUUGACCUCUGUAACGAGGUGCUGGAGGUGUAUAUUAGAACAGCGACGGGGCAGUCUGGUGAAGCUUCGACUGGUGCUCAACCAAUAAGUCACUGGCUUAUCCCAGUUGGUUCUGCGAAACGGCGAGAACUCGCAGCGCGGGCACCCGUUGUUGUGUCCACCCUGCAAGCUAUAUCCGGAUUGGGUGAUACCUCCUUGGAAAAGAACCUGGCUCGGUUCUUCCCCCUCCUAGCAGGUCUAAUAAGCUGCGAGCAUGGCUCAAGCGAGGUACAGUUGGCGCUAAGUGAUAUGCUUAGCACACGUGUAGGUCCAGUCUUGCUUCGGGCAUGUUGACCAUGCUUCGUGUGGUGCAUGAUUCGUUUCGAUUUACUAGCUUUUCUUUUUUUUGGCUCCUUCAUUGUUUACUUUGUUGGUAGUCGUCCAUCUUUGGGAACUGAUGCACAGUGUAUGAAAAGGCAGGGUCAAAAGGUUUGAUGUUGUAAUCUAGCUUUCGAGGCA